AUGCCGAUCAUCUGCGUAACAACAUCUUCAGCAGAGAAAGAACAUGAACCAAAACAAGAUCUUGAUAACGACCAAUCUCCUCCAUUAAACUCCAACCCUUUUCUUCCUAAUCUCCAAUCUCAAAUCCCAAACCAAUUCAUUUGGCCAGACGAAGAGAAACCUUCCAUUGAUACUCCAGAGCUCAACGUCCCUUUGCUCGAUCUCUCGACCCAAGUCUCAACCCCAGACGCUUCUAGACUCAUCGCAGAAGCUUGCACCAAACAUGGCUUCUUCCUCGUCAUCAAUCAUGGCGUCAGCGAGAAGGUGUUUCAAGACUACUGUGAUGCAAUGAGCUCUCUGUCACUCAACAUCAUGGAGCUUCUAGGGCUAAGCUUAGGCGUAAACCGAGAAUAUUUCAGAGGAUUUUUCGAAGAGAAUGAUUCUAUAAUGAGGCUGAAUCAUUACCCCUUAUGCGCACAACCAGAUCUCACAUUAGUGGCCUUCAAGUCCUUGUUGACAAUCAAUGGCGAUCCAUUCUCCCCAUUCCCAAUGCCUUCGUCGUCAAUAUCGGUGACACUUUCAUGGGGGAUAUUCAAGAGUUGUUUGCAUAGAGCGGUUGUGAAUAGAGAGUGUGCGAGAAGAUCAAUGGCGUUUUUCUUGUGUCCCAAGAAAGACAAAGUUGUGAAGCCACCAAGUGAGAUUGUGGAGAAGACGGGAGAAAGAAGAUAUCCUGAUUUCACUUGGCCUAUGUUCCUUGAGUUUACUCAAAAUCAUUACAGAUCUUAUUUCAGUACUCUCGAUUCCUUUGCAAGUUGGGUCAUUGCCAACAAAAAUCCCAUCUAA